GCGACAAGAUCGACAACAAGAUUAACUCGGACCACUCUGACGAUAAGUACCACUGCCAUCACUCUCCCCCGGGUAGCGCACGUCGACCCCGCCCUGCCACUGUUCGUACUCUUUCUACAUCUUCCGAAGAAGUAAGCCACCAUCGUCGAGGUGGUCAUCGUAGACCGACUUCUGCCUUGUCCAUGGAGCAUGAGAGCAUGAGCAUGGAACGUGACCCCAGUCCUCCCCUUCCUAAGGGCCCUCCUCGCCCCAUCAUCGUCAUUCAGGAGCCUACCCCUCCUCAAUCAGAUGGUGCCUCAGGUCGUAAACAGACACGCGAGCACGAGAAGGUCAAGUUCACGGAGUCACACAAGCUGCCCUACUACCAUGACUACAACGCAGCCGCAGAGGCAGCUGGUCCAUCCACCACCAAGGACAAUGGCGACCACGACAACAAGAGCCAGAGCCAGGGCAAAGAAAACACCGAGUCAACCAACUCCAACAACGAAAGGCCCCGUCGUCACCUCCGCUACCACGUGACCCACCAGCAUCACUAUCAUAUCCAUCACCACCAUUACCACACCAACUACUACCCCGGCUCCACCACCCCCCAGCGCCGCAGCAGCAAGGUCAAGCACAAGUGGUACGCCCCGCCCCCCGUCGACCGCGACCUCCACGGCUACGUCGAACUCCCCGGCCGCCAGGGCGUCCACGUGCAGUCUAAGGACCCUCGCGCCUCGCGCCGCCAGUCGGGUCAGCAUGAACACCACCGCAACAAAGAGCCCGCCUCCCUGCAUGCGGAGCAGAAGGUUGAGAAGGAGGGUUUGGGAGGCCGUCGUCGUUCGCGAGAUACUACUGCUGCUGGUUAUGCUGCCGCUGCCGCUGCCGAUGCCACCAACACUGCCGCUGGUAAGAAGGGAGAGACGUCCAUCGAUCCCCCCAAACCCAAAACAUACUCCCACGAACGCCGAGGCAGCCAAGACCGUCAAAGCCGUCGCCAUCGUCAAGAUACCCGCUCCUACCCCACAACCACCCACCCCGCGCCCCACGACUCAAAACAUCGCCACUCCGUCUCCAUCCCGAAGGUCGCGGACGAGUUUAACACGGUAUCAGGCCUAGCCGCGCGUCGUCAGGGCAAGAAACUCGGUGUUCGCGGAGAGCAAGACGAGGACGCGCGAUCUGUUUCGCCGAGUGAGAGUGUUAGCCAGGUUUCUGGACGUGAGGGUUUUUGGGAGGAGGAGAAGGGUGUGGGUAAGGGUUGGAAGGGGAAGGGGAAGGGUAAGGGUAAGGGUAAAGGCGGGAUGUCGAAGCUUAAGGCGAAGCUGCGCGGGUAGGUCCUGCGUUUGCUGGAUUAGGCGGGAUGGAGGAUGUGUUGGCGCUGUGCUGAUUUACCUGCCCGGGGAGUUGUGAGGGUGGAUGAGGGUAUGGUUGUGCGCUGGAGUACACUAGCAGGAGGAGC